GGCUUCUGUUUUUUGUUUGGUCACAAGGGGCUGGGCUGUAAUUUCAAAAGGUUUUUAGGUUAGUUUUGCAUUUGAUUCAAGUUUGGGUAUAGGUUUGGGGUUAAAAUCAAGUUAUGGGUUAGUUUUGGCAAAUUCCCCUUAAUUGAACUUCUUUUGGUAAUUUUCUUCUUUGUGGAUUCUUUUGGUGAAAAAAACUAUUUUACAGCCAUUUGAGAGAAUUUUCCUAAUUUUAAUUUAGUUCACAAAUAAUUUCUAGUUACACAUAUUUGUUUACAUGAAUUUUGAUGAGACUUAAAGUGAAUACAUGCAGGUGGUUUUAUGUUUGAAAUUAUAAUUAAGUAUUCAUAAAACUUUUCUUAAAAAGUUUAAUUCCAUUUGAAAAUUAAUAAAUAGCUUUUUCCUAUUCUUAGUUUCCAAAAACUAAGUUUUCUAAAAAAAUAAUUAAAACCUUUAUUUUUAAGAUAAUAGUAACUUAUAAGGCAACAAACUGCUCAAAAAUCCUAAGAAAAAAUAUAUAAUGGAAGCUAAUUCGAAAUAAGGAAGUGAUUCUAGAUACUAAUUUCGUUUCACACUAUAAAACAAAUCAAAUAUAGGAAAAUAUUAUGUGGGAGAUCAAUCUAUUUGGAAAAGGAAAAUAAGAUGUUUCGGAUAGAGAAGAUGUUUCGGAUAGAGAUACUUGACUAGUCGGCUCAUCCUUGUUUUAUAAGUACACUCUCAGUGCUUUGUUUGAAACCAAAAGAUAAACACCCUUGGCUAGUUUUUUUAAAUUUUGAUUAUUUAUAAUUUUCUGAAAUUGUCUUCUCCGAUAAGUUUUGACGCUUUACUUUGAGUAUUUCAAGUUUGUGGCUGAGUUACUUCCUGCCAAUCUUUGAAAACCUAGCUAUAAGCAGUUUGUGUUCCGAGGAGAAAAGGCAAUCAGAAAAAUACCCAAAUCAGCAAUUGUCGGGGUGUAUUCAUUGAAGAUUGUCGAGAGUAUGAUGGACAGUGCUUACAUUGUUGGAAGAAACGAGAUUCUCGCUGGCGGGUUAUGAUGAAUAUUGCUUAUUUGAUGAAGGGCCACACGUGAUUUGAUACCCAAAUUUCGAUAAUCUAAUUUUUUUUUCCAAAUCUGAGUUACCGAGAAGCUUGAACAAGAGGAGAAUGGAGGAGAUGGAGAGAAGGGACGGAUUCAACAGAGACGACGUGGAGGAAUUCAAUGAAGCCUGGAGCACUGAGGGAUUAUCAGCGGAGUAGUGCAGCAAACAUGUAUUUUGUGUUUUCUCUGUAAAAAACAUAACUCAUCCGUGUAUUUUGUAUUUGAUGCACCACUCCGGUGAUAACCCUCAUAUAUCUACGUAUAUAUUAUGUAAAUUUAAUUAUAUAAAUAUAAAAUAGAAAAAGUGAUUGUUUGGAUUAAUAAAAUUUAUUUAUGUAGUCACACCAAUUUAAUUAUCGACGUGAUAUAGUUACUGAUUUUUUAAUUAUCUAAUAUAUAUAUAUAUGUGUAUAAUAUUAAAGAGCAUAUAAUACGUAUAAAUAACUUAUAUACAAUGUUCAUCUCCCGCAAGGCGCAUACCUUAACAUAGUACUAGUAUAUACAUAUAUCUUUAUAGAGAUAUUCUCUGAUGUACUUUGUGCUUUACGAUCGUGCUAUAGUUCUUGCAUUUACAUAAUUUUCAAUUACAUUUAUUUGUCUACAUGAAUUUUGAUGAGACUUAAAGUGAAUUGUGAUUUUUAUGUUGGAAAUUACAAUUGAGAAUUCAUAAAACUUUCUUUACAAAGUUAAUUACAUUUAAAAAUUAAUAAAUAAUUUUUUCCUACUCUUAGUUUCCAAAAAUUACUUCUAGAAGUAAUUAAAACCUUUAUUUUUUAAGUUAAUAGUAACUUAAGGGAACAAAACUGCUCAAAAAUCCUAACAAUAAGAAAGCGAUUCUAGAUACUAAUUUCGUAUAAAACUAUAAAACAAAUCAAAUAUAGGAAAAUAUUAUGUGGGAGAUCAAUCUAUCUGGAAAAGGAAAAUAAGAUGUUUCGGAUAGAGAUACUUGACUAGUCGGCUCAUCCUUGUUUUAUAAGUACACUCUCAGUGCUUUGUUUGAAACCAAAAGAUAAAUUAUCAUUAAUGCUUUGUUUCUUGCAGUGCACUCUUCUUCGUUUUGCUUUCGACAUAGGAUUUCUGGGGAGGGGAUCUUAGGGAUUCUUUACGCUGCAGUAAAACAUCAAAGCUACCAAGGUACGUUAAGACUUUCAGUGCAUUAAUUCUUGCGCACAUCCAGUUGUUUUUGGCGUAUGCAUUAGUUUGAUUCUUUUGAAACUGUCUUUCUAGGGUUUUGUUGUGAAGCAUCUUCUAAUUGAUUCAGAAAGAUUUAAUAUGGCUCAUCCAAGGGACUUAAAGUUCUCUCCGAUUGACCAUUUGGUGGGGUAUUAUCUACGCAACAGAGUUGAUACAGGAAAAGAUGGUUUCAUCACAGAUAUCAAACUUUAUGAAGACGAGCCGUGGCUUCUUCCCCACGUCAAGAAUGAUCAGUUCAAAGAGAACAUGUGGUUUUACUUUGUUGUUAGGACACGUAAUUUGGGGAGCAGGCCCAAACGCACGGUUCCCGGUAGAGGAAGCAGUAACGGCGGAACUUGGACGACAAGUGGCGUAAAGAAGGCGAUCACUGACCGUAACAACCCGAAGGUUGUGAUCGGAUACAAAACAGAACUCGCGUACCACAAGAAAGUCAAGGGAAAGCCUAAAGGAGACACCACUGGUUGGUGUAUGACGGAGUAUUGGCUUGCAAGUGAGAACGAUGCUCAGUUCCAAGAAGUAGUCUUGUGUCAUCUCCGUGACAAUAACAAGAUUGUCGUUGACCAGUCCCCAGAGAGAAAAAACGGAGACAAUGGCAUCGUCCCAGAGCAGCCACAACAAGAGAACAGCGAUGACAACAACAAUAUGUUUGACAACAAUAGACUCCUUGAACAACGGCCACUGAUUCCUCCUUUUGAAGCUGAUGAUUCAAGAUUUUCAGUUCAAUACAUGACCCCUUCUGGUGAAGGACAGGGAUUGGGACUUCAAACCAUUAUGGGAUAUUCUGAUAAGGCCAUUCAAGAACAACAACAUCCACCGAUUUCUCUUCCUCCUCAACGUCAAGAUUCCGGAAGGAUAAACAACGCACUUGUAAUCAUGGAAGAUGAGUGUGUUAACCAAGAUGAAAUAUUCAAUCUAGCUGACCUGGAAGCCGGCAUCACUCAUCCACAACAACAACAUCGUCAGAUGAUGAUGGAUCCUUAUGAUGAUAUAUCUUUCUCAAGAUUGGCAAUGCCGAACAACCUGAUUUACUUUCAAGAUUCAUGGCAUCAAGAUACCUCUCCAUGGAACAACACCAUAACCACCAAUCCUCGUGGACUCAUAUUCAAUACUCAUGGAUAUGACAUCCAAGAUCAAACUGUCACCAAGGGAGUCAAUCAAGAUUCAUAUUAUUAGCCGGCAUAUUCUUCUGAUGCAACACAAGAGCAAAUAAAGUACUCAAACAUAGGAAACAUGUAUAGUCCGUUGGAUUUUUAAAAGUUUGUAAAUGAUCUUUGUGUUUGAUUAAACCGAUCCAAACACCCUUUUUUUGAAAUCAAAAUUUUCUGGAGCACUCACUUGCUAAUGUGAUACCACCGAUAACGCCUAAAGAAACUCCACGCAUGAGUUAAACAUUGGAAAAAGUACAGUUCGUUUGGUUUAAUUACGCUUAAGUCACUGCAUAGUUCGGUUGCCAAAUUUGGAUUUUAAGUGAGACUUUAUCUUUAUGUGCUUGAUUCUAAAGAAAGCAAGGCCUAAAGAGCUGAAAGAUACAGCUACGAGGCUGAUUUAUUUUUUUUAUUGUUUUUGUCAGCAAUUUACUCGUAUAGACUCUGUAAACAAAAUGACAGUUCCGCAUCCAUAUGGACAACCAACUAAGGUUGCUUUCUUGCAUUGUGUACUAGACUAUCCGCCCUUGAAUUUUGCGUCCGUGGUAUAUGAAUGAGCUCUAAACUGUUGAAACUUCUCUUCAGGAUCUUUAUGUCUUUCAAAUAACUUGCAAAGGCUGGCUAUUCUUUCUGGUUCCGAAACCAUCUUCACCAACUAAGAGCAAUAUGUUGCAAAUGUAAUUGUAAACUGUCUUAGAUUCCUCAUGCAUUCCAUUGCCCAAAUGAGAGUCUCUAUCUCCGAGUGAAGUGGCGACUGACUCGCUCUUGUAUUCCUUGCUCCGAUUAAACCUUCAAAACCUUCCAGUGUGCUAUAUCACCCUUGUCCCGAAAUGAUUUCCUGAUUUUUCCAUGAUCCAGCCGUAAACACCAUCUACCUAAGAUAGACGGUGAUAUUGCUUCUACGGGUACUCGAGUUUGAUCGAAUCCUUGUGUUAGUGAAAUCUGCGCCUCAGCCCAAAGUAAUGACUUUGUUUCUGCCAAUCUGAGAGUAUCUCUUGGAUCAAUAUACAAAUUGCUAAAUACCUUGUUGUUUCUUCCUUUCCAUAUGUACCAUAAUAUCAAUGCCAAAAUUGAUGAUCUUCCAAUUCCAGAUAGACCCUCCAAAAUAAAUGAUCCAUGUGUUGCAAAGAGUGACUGAGUGGAAAAGUUAUAUGGAUUCGAUGGAAUUCGUGAGAGUGCCCAAACCUGAACCGCCGGUGGAAAUUCAAAAAAUCUGAACGAGCCUGAUUAAUUUAUUUGGUUAAAAUGUUGAGUUUGAUUUUUGAUUAAAUUUUAAGAAAACUGUUUCUGAGAAUAAGAAAACAAAAAUAUAUUCUUUAUCUUUUCAUAAUUUCAUAGUUGGGAAAUUUGCUAAAUAUGACUCAAAACUUGAUUUUUACUCCAAAAGUAUCCCAAACUUGAAUCAAAUGCAAAAGUAACC